AUGCCCUCGACUCGGGCGGCCGGUGUCUACGUAGUCGUGUGCAUUGUCGGCAUAGCCCUAGCCACCGGCCGCGCCCAGACCUCCCACAAAAGCCUCGCUAGUUGCGUCCUAGUCGGCACCACGACGCGUGCGGGGGUGCCCGGUCCGGGGUCUCUUGGGAGGAGGGACCUCCGGACCACCCUCCAGAGCCACGUUGUCCACACAGGAGAGAAGCCGUUCAGCUGCGACACAUGUGGGAAGUGUUUUAGCAACACAGGAAACCUGAACAGACACCAGCGCAUCCACACCGGGGAGAAACCGUUCUGCUGCGACACAUGUGGCCGCAGCUUCAACCAGGGAAAUAGCCUGAAAGCACACCAGCAGAUACACACCGGGGAGAAACAGUUCAUUUGCGACAAGUGCGGGAAGAGUUUCUCCUACCUGAGGAACCUGAAGGACCACAAAUGUUUCUACGUCUAA